AUGCGAACGUCCUCGCUCCUACUCCUUGGUCACGCAAUCCUCGGCAUUCCACAUGCCGCUGCCAUCGUCGUUCGAGUUCCGGAUGGCCAUACACCCGUGGUAGAAAAGCUGCCUGACGUCUGGGCUCUUCACGAUGAAGCUGCCACCAGCUACGACAGUGCCAAGGUCGCAGCCAAGGUGAAGCCGCUCCAUCGACGGACACACGGUGCAGACAACGAUGGGUUUGACCAUGAGGAAGAGGACACUGCGAGUACGAGCACGGCCGAUCAACGAUGGUUCCCGCCUGUCGUCCUCAUAGAUUGGCUGAUUGAAAACGAUGCGCCGGCUGAUUGCUUCUUUGUAUCCUGCGCAAGGCUUCUGAACGCUACGGUGGAGGAGGCUGCCGUCGCCGCCGGCUUUCCUGCCCCUCGGCGAGGAGGACCUGGUAUGUCGCGAGACGAUGUGUUGCUCGCCAUCGAAAGACUCGGACUCUCCCUCCGCAUUUACACAAUACGAGGGAGAGGCCAGGUUCAGGCGCCGGGUCCGGACCGGUUCCCCCACUGCGUGUGGUACGGCCGGGCAUUUCCGCGGGGGCGUAGGCGAUUGCGUCGUCUAGUGGCCGUCACCUAUCUUCCCCGAGGAAGUCAAACCCUCCACGUUGUCAUUGGCAGGAACGUUGGAAUGCCGUACGCGACCUUUACGGAUUUCCAGGCGGACCCUAACGGCGUCGAUGUUACCCGAGAAGUGACGCGUUCCUGGAUCUGCGAGUACAUCUAUGUCGACUGGUCCUCUUCUCAAGGAGAAUUCGUCCGUAGCCGGAUCCAGGGCGUUCGCCAGAUGCUUCGCGCUGCGCGGGAAGAGGCGCGGAUCUUGGCUCUGUCAACGACGACACACGAACCGAUGGACACCCAUGAAGCGAACCAUGGCCAUGCCGAGGAACCGACGAACACGGACAGUGGAGAGAACAGGGGCGAUACGGACGAACCGAUGGACACCCGCGAAGCGAGCCAUGGCCGUGCCGAAGAAGCGAUGGAGAUCAACGCGGAGCAUGGCGGCCGAACCGACGAACCCAUGGAAACUGACGGUGGCGGUCACGGCCAGACAAGCACUCCCACCGAGGGCCCGAUGGACAUUCCCGGCGUGGCUUUUGAUCCCGAUUCUGGACGAGUCGACCUCGGGUCGCUCGACGAGAACACCUACAACAGAAUCCUCAGAAACUCCUUGUCCGAAUUCCAGUGCAGUAGCCUCCUUUCGUUGGGUUUAGGUCUGGCCUUCCAGCGCAGACCACGGUCGAUUCUUGGUGCACCUCGGCCGCCAGAUGGCGGCCAGAAAGAAGUUCACAGGUGUGCCCAGCUGCAAUCUAUUGUGAAACCCUUCAGCGAUUUAUCGGCCAUCUGCGGCAAAAUAACGACCCUCGACUUUGACUUUGCCUUGUCCAACCACUGGGCAGCGGGCACCUGGGACUACAUCCAGGCAACACUCGCCGGUCCGGCUGGUUCGCAUACCGUCCCAGUUACCUACAAUCCCGACCGAAAUUUCAGCACGAGCUUAUCGAUAGAUUUGAAGUCGGCCUUUGACUCGAAUGCGAUUGAUCUUGACGGGAUCCAGUACGUCACGCUCGCUGCUAGCGGGAAAUUCUUCAAGUUGUUUGGCGGCCAGUUUAAUGACGCUUGGGAGGUUCAACGAAUCACCCUGCGCGCGCAAUGCAUCACACCAGGCUUCGAGGUACGAAGCGAUAUACUCUCCACCAACACGUGGUAUCAACAUCCGGGCGGAUGGGGCCGCGCACCCUUCCGGUGGGCCGAUGUUGGGACAAUUCCCGUCAACCGUACGGAUUGGGUCAUGACACCCUGCGGUACCAUCGAUACGCUCGAGUACGAAUUUAAAAUAGCAAACGAAAUCCUGGCCGGGACUGGCGAUGCGCUAUUCUUUACUUUCCAGAAAGGCAACGCCAAGAACAAGACGAAAGUUGCCCUCGGGGAAGGGGAGUCCCUUGAUGCAGGAUACGUCCAACGUGGCACCGUGAACCUCAAGGAUAUGUUCGACAUUAUCGACGAGACCAGUGGCGAUUUCAAGCCACCUGCGCGGCCUGUUCUCAAAGAUAGUUUACGACGUGAAAUCGCCAAUGAUGGAAAACAUCGCGCCCGAUAUGCCGACAUGUCGACGAUGGUCACUCGACCGAAGGCUUCAUCGAGUGGAGUUGACAUGAUCAAGGCGGCCGAAUCUGAUGAGGACUUGGGAGUCCAAGUGGUACCUGCUAGUACGUACUCGGCGUACCAUCGGGAGCUGACCUGGACUCUGAUGGCGGCACCGAUCAACCACACAUCACCAUCACCACCCACAACGUCCAGCCUCUUCACCGUCGCCAAGAUGGGCUGGCCGUACGGCUUCCCCAGCCUCACCGACGACGAGAAGCUGCAGCGUCGUCACACGCUCGACCUCUACGCCUGCAUCGCCCACUUCUCGGCCUUCGCCCCGGCCCUGCUCUUCCUUCUUUUCCGUCUCGUCCGCCACCAGGCCGCAAGAUCCGGCCUGGGAGCGAGACGAGCGGCGGCAGCAGCAGGAGAGGCGGGAGCAGAGGCUGAUGACCGCGGGCGGUACGCCCAGGUCCCUCACUCGCCCAUCGUCAAGGCCCACCGGCGCGCCCCCGCAGGCCAGCUCGCCGCCCGAUGGCGCGCGCUUCUCUGGUCGUUGCAGCACGACGUUCGCUUCGCCGGCGCGCACUGGGGACAGCGCCAUGAGUGGCUCGUCGGCCUCGUGUGGACCGCCUGGUUGCUUGCCCUCUGCAUCAUGGGCACGGGAAACGACUACUUCCAUCUCACCAAGCGCUUCGGCACCGUCGCCGUCUCCCAGCUUCCCAUACAAUAUCUCAUGGCCCUCAAGCCUCUCAAUCCCUUUGCUUGGGCCUUUGGAUCCUCCCACGAGCAGGUCAACCGUUUCCACCGCGUCCUCGGCCGAAUCAUCUACGCCCUCCUCAUCAUCCACAUCCUUCUCUACAACGCCUACUUCCUCCGUGCGGGCAUCUGGUUCAAACGAUUCUUCGCGCCCAUAGUCUUUGCCGGCGUCGUGUCCUCGCUUGCCAUGCACGCCAUCGUUGCCACAUCCUCGGCAGCCGCGAGAAAGUACUCGUACCGCCUGUUCUUCAUCACCCACAUGGCCGCUUCCUCGCUCAUUCCGGUCUUGAUCUUCUUCCACGCCCCUUCCGCUCGACUGUAUAUCGUGGAAGCCGUCGCCAUCUUCAUCAUUGGCGUCACCGUCCGCUCCCUCACCACCGUACAGACGUCCUCUUCCCUCGAGGUGAUACCCGGCACAAACCUCGUCAAGAUUUCUGCCACCGUGCCCCGUCGGAAACUCGCCUCCUUCAGCGCGUUCCCCGGAAUGCACGUAUACCUGGCCAUCCCCUCGGGCAGUCGAUCAAGCGCCAAUCUGGCCUCCAACUCGGCCGUCCUGGACAUGCUCUCCAACCCCUUCACUGUGGCCGCGGUCAACGACGAAGACGGUAGCAUCAUGCUCGUAGCUAGAACCCGCCAGGGACCCAUGACCACUGCCCUUCAUCAACUCGCAUCCUCAGCCCACUCCUCUGCUUCCGACCCCUGCAAGAUUCCCCUCGCCAUCGAGGGCCCCUAUGGCUCCAUGGGCAAGCACUUUCGCAGCCUGCUCGACUGGGGCCCGGCGCGAAUUCUCAUCAUCACGGGAGGCGUCGGCGCGACGUUCGCAUUGCCAGUCUACCAGGCCAUACGGCAAGAGUCGCCUGCUGCUAAGACGCAGCUCAUCUGGGCCGUCCGCAGCGCCGCCGACACCGCGUGGGUGCCCGAUUCCAGCGCCGACGGAGGCAAAAACAUCCUCGAGGAUGAGCACGUCCAAAUCUUCCUCACUGCCGACACGAGCGUCGACCUCGCCCCUGGCGAGCAUGGCGCGGGCCGGGGGGCCAUGGAGAUGGACGCUCUGCCCCGUGCCGGUAAUAGUGGGCGACCGGAUGUGGAAAAGAUUGUAAAUGACACCUUUCGCAAGGGGUUUGAAGAACCCAUUGCCAUUAUUGUCUGCGGGCCAAACGAGAUGGCAGCCAAGGCAAAACAAUGCGUCACGUCAUGGGCGAUCAAGGGGCGAAAUAUUUGGUGGCACAACGAGACCUUUGGCUGGUGA